AUUUCAUUCUCGUCUCUCUCCUGAUUAUCUCCCAAUUAUUCCCACCCACCGUGUCUGCCAGACAAGAUGGCCAAUUCCAACCACACUAAUGGCUCCGCAGCCCCGCACGACCAAUUCUCCAACUACACCCUCGCAACACUCGGCAUCCACGCCGACGACUCAAUGCACCACGACACCGACGUCGCCCCCUCCCUCCACGUCUCCACCACAUUCCGCUACCCCCGCGACCCCGAAGACCUCGUGCCGGCCUCACGGUCGCCGCAAGCAAGACAAACACCCGCGGCCGCUGGCCUCCCGCCGUCAGACACAGGCUACAUCUACUCGCGCUACCAAGCCCCCACCUCCUCCCGCCUAGAACUCAUGCUCUCCUCCUUCAUCCGCGCCCCUUGCCUGACCUACUCCUCCGGCCUCGCCGCCUUCCACGCCCUCCUCGUGUACCUCAAUCCGAAAGUCGUGGCGAUUGGGGCGGGAUAUCACGGCUGCCAUGGCGUGCUGGGCCUCUACCAGAAACUGACGGGCUGCAAGAUUGUCGAUCUCUUCGACGAGGCGAGCUGGCAGGAUGGCGGGGAGGGAUGGAGUUUGGGCAAGGGGGAUGUGGUGCACCUCGAGUCGCCCGUGAAUCCCACCGGUCUGGCUUUUGAUAUCGAGCUGUUCGCGGCACGGGCGCAUCGGAGGGGCGCGGUGCUCACCAUGGAUGCUACUUUUGCGCCGCCGCCUUUGCUUGAUCCGUUCAAGUGGGGUGCGGAUUAUGUCAUGCAUUCUGGGACGAAGUAUUUUGGCGGGCAUUCGGAUAUGUUGUGCGGGAUUGUUGCGAUUGGGCGGAACGAAGGGUGGGAGAAGAAUUACUGGGGCAUGCUAGGUGAGAGGUGCAAUUUGGGGUCGACGCUGGGAAACAUGGAGGCGUGGUUGGGGGUGCGGAGUUUGCGAACGAUGGCCUUGCGGGUGGAGAGGCAGAGCCGGAAUGCGGAGCAGGUGGUUGCGUUUUUGGAUGCGUGUGUGCGUGGGGAGGAGACAGGAGAAGCGGCGCAGGCGGUCAAAAAGGUGAUUCGCAGGGUUCAGCAUGCGAGUCUGCAAAAGGAGGACAUGGGGUGGCUGAAGAAGCAAAUGCCGUAUGGUUUCGGCCCCGUUUUCAGCUUCGAUACGCAUGUCGAGGAGCAGGCGAAGCGGCUGCCGAGUAAGCUGCACCUGUUCCAUCAUGCUACGAGUUUGGGAGGCGUGGAGAGUUUGAUUGAGUGGAGGCAUAUGAGCGACAAUACGGUGGAAACGACGCUUUGUCGCGUCAGUAUUGGUGCGGAGACGUGGGAGGAUUUGAGGGAUGAUCUCGUUCAGGGUUGCAAGGCGCUGGUCGCUGAAGGUUGGUGAUCCGGUGUGCUGGCCAUAGACGAUGCAUUCUUGACGUUUGUACAUGUUGGACUACAGCGAAUAGAAUAGAUGGCGUGAAAAGUACAACCUGGCGAAGAAAGUGAAUGGACCCAGCCAAGACUUAUGACCGGAACCCAAGAAGCGACUGUCGACUUCUGGCCGUCCCACUAAUUUACAGCAUGAGAAGUGAAAUUUUGCGACCAGCCAGUGCCAAG